AUGCUUUUAUUGAUAACGAGUUCCUAUUUCAUCGCCAGAAUUGGAAAAAUAAUGUCACUCGACGAGAAGUUCAACGCUGCUGUCGAAAUAAUUCAGAAGCUGCCGAAACAGGGACCGGUCAGCACCUCGAAUGACCAGAAGUUGACGUUUUACUCGCUGUUCAAACAGGCGACUAUCGGGGAUGUAAACACUGAGAGACCGGGAAUUUUUUCGAUUAUUGAACGAAAGAAGUGGGACUCUUGGAAGGAGCUCAACGGGGUCUCGCAAGAUGAAGCCAAGGAAAGAUAUAUCAAGGCUUUGAACGAGAUGUUCGACAAAAUUGCUCAGGAGCUUGAUGUCGGAGCAUGGCUCGAGCAGAUCGAUCCAGUGAUUAAGACGAAUCUGGCUCUCAUCGCCAAGUAA